GAGAAGGCUGUACAUUUUGAAGAAGCCACAGUGCCUUAUUUGGGCAGGGAAAUGGCAGGGAAAGAACUUCCAAGCAGCUUGACCUUGAAGACCCCAAUGGAGAUCCCGGCUCUUGGUCGACCCUUACAUCUGGGAACACUGUAUGACUGUGGCUCAGAUACCUUCAUCCCUGGCAUCACUUUAUGGGACAGGGAGACCCUCGAGAGAAAUGUGACCACAGAAGAACAGUGCAAGACUGACAUCGCCAUCAUCACCUCUGACUCUAUUGAUGAGAAGACCAAGGCCAUGAAUAUCCCUGCAGAGCUGAAAGCAAGUGUCCUGCUGGGGCUGGUUGAAUUAGGAGGCUCUGCCAAGUAUUUAUAUGACACCAAGACAUCCCAACAGCAAGCUCGGGUCACUCUCAAGUACAGUAUGACUACACAGUAUUCCCACCUAAUGAUGAAUCACCUGGGAUAUCAGAAUAUUGCUUACCAUGACGUGUUUGAUAAUGGAACAGCCACCCAUGUGGUCACUGCAGUGCUCUAUGGGGCCCAGGCUUUCUUUGUGUUUGAUCAGAAAGUUUCCAACAAUGAAAAUGUCAAGGAUAUAGAAGGAAGGUUGAAGGCUAAAGUAAAGAAGAUUCCCCAAAUACCAGGAAAAGUAGGGGGAGAGGUGAAUAUAGAGGACAGGGAGAAAAAAUCAACCGAGGAAUUCAGGUGUAAGUUUUAUGGGGAUUUUGCCCUUCAGACCAGUCCAGUGACUUAUGAAGAUGCAGUAAAAGUCUAUGCCACCCUUCCUAAGCUCCUUAGGGGCCAUGGGGUGCCCCUCAAAGUCUGGUUGCACCCUCUGGAGAAUCUGAGCUCCAAGGCUGCCAAGAUGGCUCGAGGGAUCAGCAUUAGCUUGGUGUGGGAUGCCCAGGACACUCUGGAGAAGUUAUCUGAGUGUGACAAGAGGUGUAAUGACAUGCUGGAGGCACCAGGACUCUCAGUCUUUCCUACAAUCAGGGAAAAGGUCAGGCUAUUCCAGGAGCUAAAUAGGCAGCACAGACAGCUUUUACAGAAGGAAAUAGCCAAGGCCUUACCUGAGAUCCGGGCAGGCAGAGCAGAGGAAGAUGAGCUAACCAGGAUUUUAAUCAGGGAAAGCCAAUCCCCAUUCAGCACUAGGAGGCUCUCAGAGUUCCUGGGUCAGAAGAUCAAGGAGAUGAAGGUGGUCAAUUUCUACCUCACCCUUCUGAAGGAGGUGCCAGUCAUAACUGACCAGAAUGAUGUAGACAAUGUGGUACUAGGCUCUCCCCACAGAUUUGUCCUGGUGUUUGCAUUCACCUCCUUGCAGGAGGAACCCUACUUAGCAGAUUGGAAACAGUGGCUACGGAAUCCAGAAUCAUUCAGUCCUGACUGUGAGCAAAUGACAUAUUCCUCAUGGCUAGAGGACAGAGAGACAAGGAGAAAGGCAAUACAAUUGGCAGAAUCCUUUUCAACAUUUGCCAAGGCCAAUCAUUCCUCUAAGAAGACUCAAUUCAUUGUGGCAUCUGUUCCAGCUGUGGAGAGCAAGGGGGUCUCCAUCUACCUCUAUGAAAAGGGACUGCUGGUCAGCACCAACUUUGAGCUACCAGUCAAACCUCCCCCUCCCCAGAUUGGUGAGGUCACACAUGACUGUGUAGAGCUCACAGUGAUCCCAGCAUCUGGGAAGAAAGAGAAGAUCACUGGCUAUCAGGUAGAGUACCAGGUUGUAGGGGAAGAGGACUGGACCACCAUCCCUGUGUCUGGAAAGCCAGAGGUAUUCAAAGUGAGUGGCCUUGAGCCUCGCACAGAGUAUGUGUUCAGGUUUGCUGAGGUGUGGGAGCUAGGGCUCAGUGAGAGCAGUGAUGUGAGCCUUGCUGUGAGGACACUUCCCCCAAGCUGCCCUCCUGGGAAGCCAGAAGCUGUUGUGGUAGGACCACAGUCUGUGACCUUGCACUGGCAGGGUCCAAGUGUUGUUGGAGCAGGAGUCAAGAUCAAAGAGUAUAGAAUAGAGUGCAGAGAGGAGACUGAGGCUGAGGAGAAGGAGGAAGGAGAAUGGCAUGAACACAGCACAGGAAAUAAGAAGACAUCCUGUGACAUUGAUGGACUGACACCCCAGACUGUGUACAGGUUCCGAGUUUCUGCUGUGUAUGAUGGAGGCUGGAGCAGUGAGAGCAGUAAGAGGAGUGGCCCAGUGAGGACCCUCUCUACCACAGAGGAAGCUACGACCUCUGACCCAGACAGGAGUGGAGGAGACUCAAGGGAGCCAGAACUCAGAAUUGUCCUUGUGGGGAAAACAGGAGCUGGGAAAAGUGCAACAGGAAACACCCUCCUGGGCAGAAGAGAGUUUGAGUCCAAGGCUUCAGGAGGGUCAGUCACCAAGGUCUGCAGGAAAGCCAGGACCAGAUGGAAUGGGAGGGACAUUGCUGUUGUUGAUACUCCAGGCAUUUUUGACACUGAGACUGAGGAGAAAGACAAUUUGAAAGAAAUAGCUCGCUUCAUGACACUAUCCUCUCCAGGCCCACAUGCUCUACUCCUGGUGUUGCAACUGGGUCGUUUCACCCAGGAGGAGAAGGCAGCCAUUGAACGGCUUUAUCUUAUUCUUGGAGCAGAAGCAGUGAAGUUUCUCAUCAUUUUAUUCACUCGGAAAGAAGACCUGGGAGAAGCAAGUGUAGGGGAGUAUGUAAGAAACAUUGAUGACUCUUAUUUCAAGGAGCUGUUGGAGAAGUGUGAAAACCGAUGCUGUGCAUUUAACAAUAAAGCUAGUGGAGUCCAGAGAGAUGCCCAGGUUUCAGAGCUUAUGGCCAUGAUUGGGGUGAUGGUGCAAGCUAACGGAGGUACCCACUACACCAACAAUACAUAUAAAUCUGUGGAAGAUCUCCUCCGGAAGGACACAGAGGCUCGUCAACAAUGCUACAAGGAGCAGUUUGAGAGGGAAGAAUUGGAACGGAAAUAUAAGAAGGUGUUUGAAGAAUUGAAGAAGGAAAAAGAAGAGUUCGAAAAGAAAAAAGAACAAGAAAAAAAGAUAAGAGAAGAAUGGAAGAAGAAGAAGAAGUUCUUUGAGGAUAAGAAGAAAAAAGACCAAGAAGACUCAUGGAAGAACUAUGAGGAAAAUUGGGAACGUGCCCGAAGUGAGGCUGAGAAUGAUGAGAGUACACUUUGGAAAGUUGUAAAGUUUCUAUCAUUUCUACUAGGUAUGUUGGCUUCUGGGUCUCUAUUUCGCAAGAAGUUCUCUUGACAACCAAAAUCAUUUCAUAUCUAGUUUCCUCUAUGUGAGCUGGUGAUACAAAGAGAGAUGAAGUGAGAGAAAUCACAUGGUUAAUAAAGGAUUCAGAUAUUAGCUGAACCCAAAUCUCUUGUCUACAAGUAUGAUAUUCUUUCUGGUCCAUCACACUGCUUGCUAAAGAGCAAUGCCCUUCAGAAGAAUGUAUCCUGGUAUUUUACA